UUACUACUUCCUCUUAACAAUUAACAUCACCCUUUUAUUCUCAAUCCUUUUCUCCUAUACAUAUAAUUUUCCUUGUACUCUACAACACACUCAACAAACCAAAAGCAAAACCAAAACCCAAGAAGGCAAAACAAAAUGUGCCCUCUACCCACCAAGAUCAUCUCUUCUAGCUCUAAUCCUCAUAUGUCCACCUCCGUAGAUGGUCGCCCCGUCCUCCAACCCACCUGUAACCGUGUCCCAACACCACUCGAACGUCGAAACUCUCUAAAAAAAAUAACUCCACCUCCUCCUCCACCACCAGUACCACGAACGGCCGCUAAAGGAGCAAAGCCUUUAGCAGCCACCUCGCCCACAUCCCCUAAGCUAAGGUCCCCUAGACCCCCUGCUAUUAAACGCGGGAAUGAAAACAAUGGCCUCAAUUCUAGCUCUGACAAGAUCAACCUCCCCAACCCCAAAAUUAUGCUCACACGUUCAGUUAGUAGUUUAGAGAGAAAAAAGUCUAAGAACAAUUUGGCUGUUAUUGAUCAUUUAGCCAUUGAUCCCUCAUUAUUGCUUGGUUAUUCGUAUUCGUCAUCGCUCAUAACAGAGUCUCCCGGAAGUAUAGCUGCUGGGAGGAGGGAACAAAUGGCGCUUCAGAAUGCUCAAAGGAAGUUGAAAAUUGCCCAUUAUGGCAGGUCUAAGUCUGCUAAAUUUGUGUCUAAAGUUUCUCCUUUGGUUGAAUCUUUGGGAAAUGUUAAAACCUCCGAAACUUCUGUUUUACAAAGAAGAUGUACUUCUGUUACUCCUAAUUCUGAUCCUCUAUUUGUUGCUUAUCAUGAUGAGGAAUGGGGAGUACCAGUUCAUGAUGACAAGAUGUUGUUUGAAUUGUUAGUACUCAGCGGUGCGCAAGUUGGCUCGGAUUGGACAUCCAUAUUAAGGAGACGUCAACACUACAGGGAUGCGUUUUCAGGAUUUGAUGCAGAAAAUGUGGCCAACUUGACAGAAAAACAGAUUACAACAAUUUCUAUGCAAUACGCCUUUGAUAUAAGCACAGUACGAGGUGUUGUUGACAAUGCCAAACGAAUUAUAGAGAUCAAAAGGGAAUUUGGAUCAUUGGACAAGUACAUUUGGGGAUUUGUAAACAACAAGCCUAUCUCUCCUCAAUACAAGUUUGCCCAUAGAAUCCCAGUGAAGACAUCAAAAUCGGAAAGCAUUAGCAAAGACAUGGUGAAGCGAGGGUUUCGAACGGUUGGUCCGUCUGCCGUCCAUUCCUUCAUGCAGGCAGCCGGACUUACUAACGACCACCUCAUUACCUGCUACAGACACCUAGAGUCCACUGCAUUGGCCGUCGCCCGCCGUCCUAAGUCUUAACCACUAAUAGGUGAAUAUUGUUACAUUAUUAUAAAGUAUACCACUGUCCACUUAAUAGUAAUUAACAUCCUAUGUAACACGAAAAUGGUUAGGGUUUUAAAAAAUACAUACAUUUCCGACGUGGGGUAACCUCAUAUCCUAGCCAUUUUCAGUCUUUAAUUGCACCCUAUUGCCUAUUGGACGGGGUUUCAAAUGUGGGGAAACAUCAUGUCCCAGAAGUUUCCCUGCUUCUUAUAGAAUAUGACGUUUGACGAUAACUCAACAAGCUUGUGUAAUAUUACAUUCGACAAGGCAAAUUAAAAAAGGAUUUGAUUUAAGAGUGUUGUAAGUUGUAAGAUGCCUAGAUGCUUUGAACUUUUCUUUUGGGGGGUUGUGGAUUGGUUGUUAUUGACAGCAAUUAUGUGUAUUGUGUGAUUAUGUUAGAGAAUCUUUAGAUAAUUUGAGAAGAGGGACUUGAGAAGCAGGCCAUGUGAUGAAGCGAGGCAGAGCAUGUGUGAAGGUGUCAGAUCGCUUUUCAUAUUUGAAGAAGGCCAUGUGACUAUCAAAUUUUGCAUUAUUUGAGAGAACUUUAACAGGCUGUGAUUGUGAAUUGCAAGAGUAGUCAGUAGUGGAGAGGAGCCUUUGAUAUGUAGGAGUAGGACCCUAUCCCACUCUUUUAUGAUCUUCCUCUUUAUUACUACUACUAAGCUUAUUUCUUUUUUCUUUCAAGGUCAUGACAUGGCUUUGAUACUAUUGACUUUUUUUUUUACCCUUCAUUGGAAGAUAUGCAUUUCUGUAGGACCAAGAGAAUUUCUAACUUCAAGUGAGCAUGGUAUAUUUUGUGUGA